CACGAACGGGUGGAAGACUCGAUUAUAGAGUCGAAUAUGGUGGUUAGAAAGAAGAGAGGAAGGUCUUGGGAUAUCUUCAACAUGAGAUGGAAAGGUAUAUAAAGGGCGUUGGAUCCAGCGAGAAAGAUAGAUAUCCAGACAGCAACAAGAACAGCAUCAAAGCAAUCCAGCAACAACAAAACACAAAAGACUCACAAACCCCUCUAUACUCUAUACUCUCCCAUCAACCUCCAAAAUGAAGCUCAUCAUUCUUCUCCAAGCCCUUCUCAUGGCCAUCUACAGCCACACAGUUCUCGCAUCGGCCAUCGACAGGUCCACGCUAAUCAAACGACAAGACAACAGCACCGUCGCACCCGCAGACGGCGACGCCAUAACCGCCAUGUUCGAAAACGGCAAUAUCGUGAACUCGCUCCUCGAGGACGGGAAACAGAAGAUUGAGUUCUUUGGCGAUGAUGGCCUGCUUGAAGUUGUGGCAAUUGAGACUGAUGAUGGGGGUAUGUUUCCCCUCCUCCUUCUUCCCCUCAACGCAAAUGGAUAUACCCAGCUAACAUGAGAUUGAAUGAAACAGCAAUCUUCUACGACAACGAAGGCAACGAAGUCAACCUCGCCGAUCUGGAUCUGGACGACGACGACGAAGAAAGCGACGAUACCGAGCAAACUCUGCAAAAGCGCGUCUCGAAGUGGAGAAUCGCCAUCCGGUUCGCGAAGUUGAUCGCCAAGUACGGCAAGA